AGCUCCACACAGGAGAUUGGAGAAGAGCUGGAGGAUGGUGUGAUCUACAGCAUAUCCCUCCGGAAAGUGCAGCUCCAUCACACAGCCAACAAAGGGCAGCGAUGGCUGGGGUUUGAGAAUGAGUCAGCCUUAAACCUCUACGAGACAUGCAAGGUACGGACAAUAAAAGCCGGGACCUUGGAGAAGCUGGUAGAAUACCUGGUCUCAGCCUUCAAGGGCAAUGACUCUACCUAUGUCACCAUCUUCCUGUGCACUUACCGGGCCUUUGCUACCACCAAGCAAGUGCUGGACCUGCUGCUUAACAGGUAUGGCAAACUCCAUGUGCAGGUGAAUGGGGACCAUGCCAGGCAUGCUGUGGAUGAGAGGAUGGAGCUGAAGAACACCAUCUCCUCCAUCCUGGGUGCCUGGCUGGACCAGUCCUCGGAGUACUUCCGCAACCCCCCGGACUUCCCCUGCCUCAAGCAGCUCAUCUCUUACGUGCACCACAACAUCCCUGGCUCAGACCUGGAGCGCCGAGCCCGCAUCCUGCUGGCCCAGUUCCAGCAGCAAGAGCGGAGCGAGUCUGAGGUGGAAGCUGUGGACCACAGUGGCUGUGCCUUCCAGCUGGUGGAAGAGAACGGGGUCGGGGACGGGAAGCCGGAUUUCCUCUCCUUCUCCCCGGAGAUGGUAGCAGAACAGUUCACACUGAUGGAUGCUGAGCUGUUUAAGAAAGUGGUGCCUUACCACUGUCUGGGCUGCAUCUGGUCCCAGCGAGACAAGAAGGGCAAAGAGCACCUGGCACCCACCAUCCGUGCCACGGUCUCGCAGUUUAAUAGCGUGGCCAACUGUGUCAUUGCCACAUGUCUCGGAGACCGGUCCCUGAAGCCACAGCAGAGGGCUAAAGUGGUGGAGCGGUGGAUCGAAGUGGCUCGGGAGUGCCGCAUCCUGAAGAACUUCUCCUCCCUCCGAGCCAUACUCUCCGCUCUGCAGUGCAAUGCUGUUCACCGGCUGAAGAAGACCUGGGAUGAGGUCCUACGGGAGAGCUUCCGCACUUUCCAUGAGCUCUCCGAGAUCUUCUCCGAUGAGAACAACCACUCGCUGAGCCGGGAACUUCUCAUUAAGGAGGGCACGUCCAAAUUUGCCACCUUGGAGAUCAACCCAAAGAGGGCUCAGAAGCGGCAGCAGCAGCAGCGAGAAAUGGGUGUGAUGCAGGGCACCAUUCCCUACCUUGGCACCUUCCUCACAGACCUGGUGAUGCUUGACACCGCCAUGAAGGAUUUCCUGGACGGGGGGCUGAUCAACUUUGAGAAGAGAAGGAAGGAGUUCGAAGUCAUUGCCCAGAUUAAGCUGCUUCAGUCAGCUUGCAACAACUACAGCUUCACGCAGGAGGACCAGUUCGUGGACUGGUUCCACAGCCUGGAGCGGCUCAGUGAGGCUGAGAGCUAUGGGCUGUCAUGUGAGAUUGAGCCACUGUCAGAGUCAGCCAGCAACACGUUGAAAGCAAAGAAAAACACAGGCAUCAUCAAGCGAUGGAGCGACCGGCAGCCACCAAGCACCGAGCCCUGCGCCAGCAGCAGCUCCCACUCAAAAUCCUUUGACCAGCUCAAGUGCGGGCAGUACCUGUGCAGCGGGGAUGCCACUGACUCAGUGAGCGUCACCUCUGCUGGCUCCAGCAGCUCCGAUGUGGAGGAGAUCAACAUCAGCUUCAUCCCCGAGUCCCCCGACUGCCAGGAGAAGAAGGUAUGGGGCAGCUUGUGGGGUCCAGGCCUCUGGAGGCAGGUGUGGCCAUUGCGUGGGGACUGCCCCAGCGCUGGUUUCUGGGAAUCCACCUCCCUCUCCUCCCUGGACACAUCGGGCAUCGGCUCAGGCUCCAGCAGUGCCUCGUCCUCUUCCGUCUCCUCCACACCAGUGACGGCCUCCCGUACCCACAAGCGCUCAGUCUCUGGCAUCUCCAGCUACUCCUCCCUCUCGCUGCCCCUCUACAACCAGCAGGUUGAUGACUGUUGCAUCAUCCGUGUCAGCCUGGCUGUGGACAAUGGCAAUAUGUACAAGAGCAUCCUGGUGACGAGCCAGGAUAAGACCCCAGCUGUUAUUCGCAAGGCCAUGGCGAAACACAACUUGGAUGGGGACCGGCCUGAAGACUAUGAGCUCGUUCAGAUCAUCUCAGAGGAGAGAGAGCUGAAGAUCCCUGACAAUGCCAAUGUCUUCUACGCCAUGAACUCUGCUGCCAACUAUGACUUCGUGCUCAAGAAGCGGGGCUUCUCCAAGGGGGUGAAGAUCAAGCACGGCUCCAGCUCCACGCUGCCCAGGAUGAAGCAGAAAGGCCUGAAGAUUGCCAAAGGCAUCUUCUAG